AUGACGGAGGACUUCGGCUACAACUCGUUGUGGUUGGAAGUCCAGGAAGCGGCCGCAGCCUUGUUUGGCUUCCUGGACGUUUCGGCAUUGACUGCUGCACGGACCGCUUGCCAGGGCCAAAAUGUGUUGGCUGGAGUCGACAGGUUAUUUGCCUUGCAGAUGCGAGCCCUAGAGACCCAGAAGGUUGCCAAGGACAGGAGGCGUGCUUUAGCAGCUGCUCGACGACUGGUACCACCGAUGCAGCGGGUUCUGCUUCAGAGGCAGGCAGAGGUGUGUUUGCAAUCCAGCGAGCACCGGAUUGUGCGAACAGAAGCAGUGCGCACGUUGCAAGAGGUCGUUGAUCCAGGAGAUCACGCGGCAGCACAAGCGUUGGGAACUGUGGUGCUGGAUGAAGAUCGUUUUGUACGUCGAGCCUUGGUCGAUGCCCUUGUCGUCCACAGCGCUGAUCCUAAAGCCAGAUCAGCAUUGCACGAGCUAGCGCAGGACCACGACCGUUUUGUCCAGAACGCAGCACGACACGCGAUCUCAGAGCUCGGAGACGUGCAAUCCGGUGAGCUUGAGGCGAAAAUGUCGCGAGCAAGUGGUCCUCCCUAUGUGCCACGACCCCCACCAGGCCGCACCGUGGUCAAGACUGCGCGGCGGUUCGUUGGCGGAAGCUUCCGGCCCCAAAGUCGGCCAGUAGGCCUCCGGGCUCCCCCAGCCCAGAAGGUGCCGCCGCCCAGACUGUGGAUAGAGGAUGCCAAUGCAGACACCGACUGUUCCGAAACUGAAGUGCGUACCGGCAGGUGCCAGCGGCUCAGUGCAGAGUAUGCAGUUAUUGUUCCGGAAUGGGCCGAUGUACCUCGAGCCAUGGCUGUCUCUGGGGACGAAUUCGUCAGCUGUCACCCGGUGCCUGGCGGGGUGAAGCUUCUUCUGCGGCGCUCCGCAAAUCCGGCCCGCGAGCCGUCUCCUGACUAUACGGUUGCAGACGUGCAAGGCACGCUGGAAGAACUAGAGCAGGAAGUUCCAGAAGUAGACGAAGACCAGUUUGAUGAAAACCAGUGGAUGAAUGGCAAUCGACUCCAAUGUCUUGCAGAAGGUGCCGAAGUCUGCCCUCCAUCAGAAGCCCGCCGGCGUCCCGCUGCACCAAGACGCCACGAGAGAGGUGAGUUCAGCCGCUCCGCAUGGCCAGACGGUCCUAGACGGUUGCCUUUGGACCGACCACGAUCUGCCCAAUACACGCGUGACAUCAAAUACAAGUCGCCCUACUCACAGCCACGACCGUGCUCUGCCGGUGCGAUGAGGGUACGAUCCGGAGCCGGACGGCCAUCCUCAGCGAGACCAGCCUCGCGGCCGUCUUCCGCCAGGCCAUCCUCUGCUAGGCCAUCGUCGGGCAGGCCUUCAUCGGCGAGGCCCUCGUCCGCGAGGCCCUCCUCAGCGAGGCCCUCGUCGGGAAGACCCUCCUCGGCUCGGCCUUCCUCAGCAAAGGCCGCCAUAGCUGCUGAGCCUCCUCACCACGCUAGCCGGCCAAUGUCAGCACCGACGUGUAUGGCGGCGAGGCAGAACAGUGUGGUCUCAGUACCGAGGCGUCCUGCAUCAGCUAUGCCGGCUACAUGCUGCCCAAACGGAAAGGGAGUCAGCAUCCUAUUCCAGCAACAGGAGUUCCUUGGGAAACAGAUGGCAGCGGAACGAGGACUUGACUCGAAAUCGCCAGGCUUUGCCAUGCUAAUGCAAGACUGGGUAUCUUCCUACCAGAAGACGCGCGUCCGUGCUCGAAUGGCCUGUCGUCCUUUGUGGGGCGAAG